AUGACACUUUCACGCUUUUUGUCAAAGACCACGACAAUCACUCCUGUUACAAUGGGUUCUGAGUACAAGCCCCCUGCUUCGGGCAUCCUGACCAGCCCUGAUCGUCUUCGCAAGAUUGAUCAGUUGCGCGAGAAGAACAUCGAUGUCAUCUUGCCGUUGCCUACACUGGUUGCGGUCGGUGACCAAAGCUCUGGCAAGUCUUCCUUGCUCGAGAGCGUUACCGGUAUCCCGUUCCCUCGUGGCCAGGAGCUCUGCACACGCUACGCAACCCAGAUCACUCAUCGCCGUGAUCCUGAUGUGCAGAUCAUCAUCACAAUUAUCCCUGCUCCUCAGAGCACCGAGACGGAGAAGGCCAGUCUCAGAUCUUACCGCAAGGAGCUUUCCUCGACCAACGAACUUCGUGACCAGUUUGUCAAAAUUCUUGAUGAGGUCAAUGUCUACAUGAAGAUCAAGACCGACAAGAACCCUGAAGGAGAGAAAACCUUCUCCAGGGACAUCUUGAAGAUCGAAAAAUGUGGCCCGACGGAGGAUUAUCUCACUGUCAUCGAUGUUCCCGGUAUCUUCCGCCUCACGUCCAAGGGACAAACGACAGAAGGUGAUCGCCAUCUUGUUCGAGAUAUGGUCACGGGCUUCAUCAAGGACAAGCGGACAAUCAUUCUCGCUGUCCUACCUGCCAAUGUGGAUGUGAUGACCCAGGAGAUUCUGGCUCUGGCCGAACAAUACGAUCCGGACGGAGAACGCACCCUUGGUGUCCUCACGAAGCCCGAUCUAGUCAUCGAGCGGAGCGCCAAAGAAGCGGUUUGCAACCUCGUCGCCGGAAGGAAAAAGGCCCUUAACCUCGGCUACUACCUUGUCAAGAACCGCGGUGGCGACGAUGACGACGAUUCUGACGAUGAUUCGGGUCUUCGGCAGAAGGAAAAGGAUCUCUUCCAACAGAAUCCCUGGUGCAACCUACCACAAGAGCGCGUUGGCGUCGGUGCCCUCCGUGAGAGGCUCCAGGAUCUGUUGGGCGAGAUCACUGAUAAGGCGUAUCCUGAACUUCGCUCUGAAGCACGCAAGAAGCUCACGGAGGCCCGGGAUCAACAAGACGCUCUUGGACCUCCUCGACAGACGGAGCGUGAGCAGCAACAAUAUCUUGCGCAGAUUGCAGCCAAAUUCCAGAGGAUUGUUCGUGCAGCCCUCGAAGCCAACUAUUCCACCCAUUCGGUAUUCGAUGAACAUAGCGUGAGGCUUAUCACUAAAGUAGUGGGCAUCAUCGACACGUUCAACAACCGUAUGCGAAGAAAGGGCCAUACAUACUCUUUUGUGAAGGUGGAAACUGGGGAUUCGGACGAUGAUUCAGCGAGCAAAGUGGAUGACAGUGAACAAGAGGAUGAUUCAGAUAGCGAGGAUGAGUACGAGGCUGCGCAGAGCAACGACGCCCACUACACGAUAGUUGGCGAAUUAUUUCCCGAGUUGGAGAGCAUCAUUAACAUCGUGGAGCAACCCGAAUUCGCCGUCAAAGAUGACAAUCGCGACUGGAUCCGCAGCAUGUACCUCAAGUCUCGCGGUAUCGAACUAGGAACCUUCAGCCCCAUCGUCCUUGCUAGCGCUUUCCGGGACCAAACGACCAAAUGGGGCCCAAUGACAGAGUACUAUAUCAGCGACAUAAUCAUAGGCAUCCACACCUUCAUCCUCUCCGUUCUGAAAACAAUUUGCGCGGAUGGCAAGCUUUUUGAGGCCAUCAAGUCCAUCAUCAUGGAUGACCUGCUGGCGAGGUACGUGAACAGCAUGAACUAUGCCAAGUUCCUGGUCCAGGUGGAGCGGGAGAAGAAGCCCUACACCGUCAACCACUACUUCAGCAGCAAUCUCCAGAAAUCUCGUGGCGACCGAGUCUCCGAGGCCCUCAAGGGAAAGCGCCAUUACGAUAACCGCUGCCACUCGCCUGCUACCUACCUAGUCAAGUUUGAUCAAAUCAAGUCGGCAAUCACCAACAAGAGCAAUCAGGACCACGCUCAAGAGGACAUCCAUGACAUUCUCAAGAGCUACUACAAAGUCUCUCGCAAGCGCUUCGUCGACAACAUCUGGCUCUAUGCUGUCGAUCAUCACCUUCUCUCCGGUCCCAAUAGUCCUCUGACACUCUUCUCGGAACAGUGGGUGCUUGGACUGGAUGAAGACUCGUUGAAUGCUAUCGCGGGCGAGUCUCGCAGCACCAGAGACAAGCGCAAGGAGUUGACCAAGAAGAUUGCUGACUUGGAAGAGGCGCUGCGGAUUCUCAAGUAG